AUGGUGAACGUAACACCUAGUUCCUGGAAUGCCCCAAAAAAUAACAAUCGACAGCAUAAGAUGAUAAAAGAAGAAAACACAAAUCUUCCGUCUCCAUCAAAAUCAUUACAAGGUACUCAAAUACCUCGGGAUUCAAUAAAUUCCUCAGAGAGCAUCCAUAGCAUUAAGGUAGAAUACGAAUCCAUAUCAGAUGUACUUGUGGAAAAUAAGGGGAUAGCAAGAACAGAAAAUAUAAAAACAAAAAGUGGAGGAAUAGGUAGCUUUUUAAAACCCAAAUUUUUAAAGUCAAGGUCAUCUCUUAAUUCCAGCGGAAGUAAUGAGAAUAUCGUACGAUCCGAACCCAAUUUUACAACAAAACAAAGACAAUCAACUAUUGAAGAUUUCGCAGAUACGUCGUCAGAAGAACAGAAUUCCAAACAGUAUGUUUAUGAUGCGGAAUCAAUUAAUUCUAUUUUAGAGGAGUAUGGAACGAGGAAUUCGUUAAACCUUAGUCCUACGAAGAAAAACGAUUUCAUAUUCAAAGAGGAAUUCAAUGAUUCAUGGGAACUGAAUAGAUCGAUAUUAUCCAGUAUGAAUAGAAGUAAUUCGGCAAGAAAUAGUGGUGCGAAUACCCCAGUAAUAUUAUCGAACGCUCCUCAAGCUAGAAGAAAUAACAGGACUUCUGUUAUUGAACGCACUCUAGGCAAUCGUUUAAGUCAAAGCAGUUCCGGAAGUUCAUCAUUGCCAGGUGCAUUCUAUGAUUGUUCAAAAGGCAGUAACGGCACGAAUAGUGAUAGUUCAGGAUCAUCCAAAUUUAAGAUAUACACUGAUAAACAAAAUGAAGGCCAAACAGAUAAUAGGAGAAAGGUUGAUAGGCGAAAUAUUAUUAGUACAUCCUCAAAUGUAGAUGUAUUCAAUAGAAGCUCAUUUUCUAAUCUAACAACCAUAUCUAAUAUUGAUUUUAACAUGACUGAUGAUAAUAAAUACCCUGCAUCCAAAUCGACUAAUGCUAAUGCUCAUAGACAAAGCAAACGACAAAGUGAUAACCGUUUUCUUUUUGACGUCUCUAAUAACAUACUAGAAGCAGAAUUCGAUGAAAACGCUGACUCAAACAUCCUGGAGAGAGUACUUCAACCUAAAGAUAGAACAAGUAUUUUCUCUGAUAGAUUUCCAAACACUAGUCUGAUCAACAUGGAUGAAACAGCUAUUAAGAACACUACAAGAGACAUAACGAGGUCGUCUAUGUCUACAAAUGAAUUACUUUAUAAAUUAGAAACAUUUUACAAUACCGAUAAUGAUAAUAAUACCCAGGAAUCGAUACCCAAUUCACAAACUCGUUCAAAAGAGAUAAACAAGAAUUUUUACGAUCUAACGGCUGGCAUUGAUUCUAAAACAAAUCUUCCAGUAAUGCUUUACAAAGUACAGGACAAGCAGUAUCUCGAAAGAAAUAACAGAUGGUCUAUAGAUGACAAACUACAGAAGGACAUACGUUCAAAUAGAUCUCCAGUUUCAAGUCAGCAGAACAGAAGUCCUAACGUUAUUCCAAAAUCUUUCGCAGGAUCUAGCAUGUCAAUCCUUGAACCAUCAAAAUCACGCCUCGGACAGUAUGCUUCUAAAGCUAGCAUAUCACUGUCCGGACAAGGCGUAUCAUUGAAUAGCGACGCAUCCCAAAUCUAUGGCUCAAAGAAGCAUUCUCAUAAUAACUUGCAUGAAAAAAGUCCACCACUCAUAUUUAACCCAUCGGCAAGUCCAGAUACCCAAUCUCAUGGUUCCAUAACGCUGCUUACCGCAAACAAUUACCUACACGAUACCUUAUCAAAGAAUAAUUCACAUGAACAUAUGCUCAAUAACUCCCCCACUACUAAUUACAAUGCAAUUGACUCUUCAUACGACGAUCUUGAGAAAAAUCUCAAGCCAAUUCUCGACCAAGUUCCGCACAAUACUCACUCCUGGCCUCUUUUCAUAUUGAUUAUGAUAAUCGGCUUGGUUGUGCCCCCAAUAUAUAUAUUACUUGCCGUUGGCUUCUUUGAUAACAAUAAUACCAGCAACAGUCAAUACAAUCUACACCUGACAUAUCUUGUGGUUAAUCCAAAUCAAAACAAAAGAUUUUCGAAAACUCAGAAGUUAGUCAGUUUCUUCAUCGGUUUACUAUGGCUAUGUAUUAUAUUGGCUAUGAUAGGAGUAGGUCUUGGGGUAGGUCUUACCCGUGAAAGUUAG